UAGGGCUUUUCUCAGGAACUUUGAGGAACAAGUCCCUCAAAACAUCCAAGCAGCCAAAGUGCUGCAGCCAUGGGUGACAGAUUUCUCAGCAGUCAAGGAUCGACCAGAGGCUGCAUGCGGCCUUUGGGUCCGCUGGACGUCGACCAGCCUUGUGCCAAAAAGCAGAGCAUGUCGCCUAGAGAGAGGAUGUUGGCCCAUGUGAUGGACCGCCUUGCGGGGAUUGAUGUGCGACGGACCUUUGAUCUGGAUGGUAGCGGCUAUGUCAGCCCUGCAGUGCUCAGGCGGUCGCUAGCCACCUUUGAUCCGCAGGUCUUCUCUGAGGAGUGCAUCGACAUGCUCUUGAGCCGCCAUUCUCGUCCCUGCAGCCGCUGCAGUCUCAAUGGCUGUUCUGACCAGCUGGUACACAUCCACGAUGUCUUUGGACCUUUCUGGCAGCCAUUCUGCCGGCGUCUUCACCAGCUGGAGGAAAAAGUGGCACAAACAAAGCGCCAAGCUCAGAGGCGUCAGGUAGAGCUGGCACAGACUGCGCAGGACACGGCCGAGGCACUGCGGAAAGCACAGCUGGAGCUGCGGCACCCGACUUUACUGAGCCCUGCUUCCUCUGACAGGCCACUUCGCGAGUUGAAAGGCCGCUUAGAAGAGAGCGAGCACGAAAGGAUACGACUUGAAGAGCGACUUCGAACAAAGGAGGACUCCUGCCACAGAAAACGCGCGUGGCGGGAGGAGAAUGACACGAUGGGCUUGGCGCAGCAACUGCUGGCCGCCUCGGAGCAAACGCGGCGUGGAUUGGAGGCCGAGCUGCGGAAGUGUGCCGCACAGCUGGAGCAGGCGGAGCGCGACAAGAAGCAGCUGCAGAAAAACCUCGCAGAUGUGCAAAGUGAGAAAGCUAAAGGUGAUUCUGCGACCGUGGCGUCAAUGACUGAAGAGCUGGCAAAGGUUCGGAAAGACAAUGAAACUCUCCGGGCAGCGAGUUCAACAGAGCGCCAGGAGGUGCAGAAGCUCCGGGAUGAAUUAGAGGAACAACGGCAGGAAUGCCAAAAGCAGCGGCAGCAGCUGCACGACUCCUCUACCAAGGAGGAGGAGCUGCAGCGUGAGCUGAAGCAGCGGGCGGAUGACGCGGCCAAGUUCCAGCGGCAGGCUGCGGAGAGCAUGACCCAAAGACUGAUCGAGAUGGAGGCGGAGGAGCAGAGACGGCGCAACGACGUUGCUGAAAAGAAAGGCCUUGAGGCAAGAUGCGUCCAAUUGGAAGAAGAGCUCAUUGCAACUCGUGAGACCAUGGCCCGGCGGGAGCGCGAAGCAGUGGAGGCCGUGCACCACGCAGUUCUGCGGACCCGGGCUGAGGCAGAAGAGCAGUUUCAGGGUCAACUCGGCAAAGUCGAGAUGCAGCUGCAAAGCACAGAGAGCAGGCUGAGACAGGCACAAGAGGAUAAGGAGGACUUGACGGCGAUGGUCGGCAAAAUCUCUGAAGAGUUGGGCCAACUGCAGCAUGAUCUCAUGGACAAGCAGCGGCAGAUCUCUGAGACCCACGACCUGUCGAAAGCUCGACUGGAGGAGCAGCGACAGCAGUUGCAAGAGCAGCAACAGCGGCUGCAAGAGCAGAGACAACAAUUGCUUGAGCAGGUGGAGACUCAACAAAAGGAGUUUGCGGAUCGCUCAGAGUUCCUUUCAGGUGAGGUGAUCCGCCUGAAGUUGGAGAAAGGAAGCCUUGAGCAGCAGCUGGGACAACAAUCUGCGGAAGCCUUGCGCCUGGGGCAAGAGUCGAAGACUCUUGAAGAGCAGGUGUCUCAAGCGAGAAGCAAUGAGGCUGAAUCGAAGAUGGAGCAAGAGCGGCUGAAUGCUGAAUUGCAAUUGCAGCGGCAGCUGUGUCAAGACACACAGACCCAGCUUGCAUCACUUUCAAAGGAAGCACAGGAGUUGACUCGGGAGUUCUCAAGAAGAGGCUUGCGAGAAGAUCAGCUCCUUGAUGUUUCCGGUCACCUGCAACGUUUGGAGGAGCAGAUGCAAGAGAUUCGAUUGCAAACGUCUCUUGCCAGCCCUGCAUCGCCUGUUUGCACUACAGAGCUGGGCACAGUGGAGUUGGGGAAACUGGAGGCGGAGUUGGAGGCAGAGAGGUCACAAAAGCAGAUGGUGGAGACGAAGUUAGAGGAAGCAUCCAGGGCCUUGGCGUCGGCUCAGGAGCAACUAGCACAAAAGGGCUGGGAGGCUGCACAAGCAUUGGCUGCUGUGAAUGACGAGAUGCAUCAACAGAGGUCUGCCAGUGAGGGACGGCACAAGGCCUUAGAGGAGGAAGUCGUUUUGCUGAAGACAAAGCGCGAAGAACUCCAAGCUCAGGUGACCAAGGCUUCAGUGGAGAAGAAGGAACUGGAGUCACAGCUACAGCGCAGCUUGCAGGAGCUCAUGGAGCAAGCUGCCAAGAUUUUCGAUGAUCAGAAAUCACGCUCAGAGGAAGAAGCAGAGAUGGUGAAACUUCGAGAGAAGCUUUCAGCUCGCGAGGAUGAGCUGGUUUCAGUGCGAUCCCAAGUUGAAUCACUGAAGAAGGAGGUAUGCUCGCUUGAGGCCAAGCGCUUGAAAGAGCAGCUUGAGGCAUCUGGUGCUGAGCGCGAUUUUUCGAAGCAGCUAGCCACCUUGAAGGAGGACACUGUGAGACAACGCUGUGAGGAGCGGGCCAAGUUUGAUGCUGAGCAACAAAGACUCCGAGAGGAAAAGGAUAUCCUACAAGUGAGGCUAGAGCAACUUGAGGGACAAGCUGGGCAGAUCGACUCCGAUGGUCUUGGUGAGAUAGAACUCCAAGAAUUGAAAGAUGAGAAAAAGGAGUUCCACCACCAGCUGCAAGGCGUUGCACGUGACCUUACGUUGACGCUCAGGGAGUUGGAAAGCAAAACCCCUGGUGGCGAAUGCCCGAAGCAAGUGGAAGCAACCAAGCAAGUGCUCGGCCACUUGCAGGAGCAAAUAGCUACUGUUUGUGAGGAGCUCCUAAUCGAGCGGCCAACAGCAAGGCAAAAGAAAGCAGGACAGCAAAAAUCGAGGGGUUCGUCUGAACAUGCGUCGGCCGCAUUGACGGCAGUCUCCUCGGAGAAUGAGCAGCUCCAAAGCGCUUGCCAGCAGCUGAAGAAGGACUUAGAGGCGACAGAGGGCGAGCUGAGAUCCGUGCGCGCGGAGCUGGAUGAGAUGCUAAAAGUGAAGGAUGAGCUGACGUCAGAGAAUGAUGCCUUGGAGACAAAGCUUCAGGCUGCCGAAGACUCAUCCAAGGCAGCUGAUGACCUGGCCUCGGACAGAAAGUCGAAAGCGCUUCUUGAGCAGGAAGCCAGAAUCAAGGAGUUGGAGGAGCAGCUUGAAGAAACUCAGCAUCAGCUGGACCAGGCACAAGGCGAGCUGGAGCAAGAGCAGCUAGACGCGGCUGAAGCCUUGGUGUCAGCUGGGCAAGACUUCGAUGAGCUGGAGCAGAAAACCGAUUCAAAAAACCGGCGCUUGGAGGCACAGCUGGUCGAGGUCACGGAGUUGCUUGCCACUGCAGAAGAGACGGUGGAGGCGCUAACACAGGAGUUGGAACAGCUGAGGGCUUCCAGCAGCGCGCAGCUGGCGGAGAAUGAAAGCAAAAGGAAGGAGCUGGAGUUCCACCUGGAGGACACUGAGCAGCGCUUGGCGCGGGCACAGGAUGAUUUGUCCCAGCGGUCGCUGGAUGCUGCAGAGGCUUUGACACAGCUAGGAGAGGAGCUUGCCAAUGUGCAAGCGCAGUCUCAAAAAUCGGAGACCGAGCUGAGACGCUUGAGGUCACUGCUGGAAGACAACUCGGAGACCAGCGAGCAGUUCGCACCACAAAUGAUUCUACCUGAGGACCGUGCUUCUCCCAAGUCUCUCACCAAUACAGUCCACAGCUCGGAAGGCAGCUUAUGGUCGUAAAGUGUAGCAGCUAUGCCGUGGUGGUGCUUGUCUCCGUGCCUGAGCCUGUUUCACAAAAGCAGGCAGGCACUAAUCACCACUAGUCACUAGUCAGUACAAAGUCACAUGAGAUCAGCUGAGCUUCAGAGAUUUCAGACUCAGCUCUAG